CCCAGCUCUUCCCUCCUCCUCCCACUUCCUACUUCCCACUCCACACAGAGACCUCCCUGCUCUCGUCUUUAUCUCCUGUCACACACAGAGAAGAGAACGAACGAGAAAAAUGCCGCGCCACCUGCUGCAGCAGUCCGUCGACCGCCUCGCCGCGCUGGCCGCGCCUCCGGCGGCCGCCAUGGCGCGCGGCGGGACGAGCGUGCACACGGACACGCUGCUCAUCCUGGCGGCGGUGCUCUGCUUCCUGCUCUGCGUGGUCGGGCUGGCCAUGGUGGCCCGGUGCUCCCGCCUGUGCAACCCCUCCGCCUUCUCCGUCGACGCGCCGGGGGCAGUCGCCGCGCCGUGCAAGGGGAUCAAGAAGAAGGCGCUGCAAGCGCUGCCCACCGUGUCGUGGCGGCCAGAGCAGGAGAAGAAUGAUGAGGAGGCGGGGGAGCGGCCGGAGUGCGCCAUCUGCCUGGCGGAGUUCGCGGGCGGCGACGAGGUGCGCGUGCUCCCGACGUGCGGACACGGUUUCCACGCCGCCUGCGUGGACGUCUGGCUGCUCUCCAGCUCCACCUGCCCCUCCUGCCGGCGCGCCCUCGUCGUGUCGCCGGCGCCGUUGGCAACCGAGUCGCCCCCUCCCCAAACAUGUUGCGAGCGCGCCGACGUCCUUGCGGCGCAGGCCUCGGCCGCCGUCUCUGGCUCCGGCCGCUGCCGGCCGUCGGCACAGUAGCGUCUCCGCCGGAGCAACUUAGUAUGCUCGCAACGUGCAUACGACACACACACACGUGACACGUAUAUAGCCGCUCUUUGUCAAUAGAUCUUGGCCAGCAGGUAGUACGUACGUAUACGUACAAAAUGCAACUGUACAGUGUGCGAGAUGGCGCAUCUCGCUUGAUUUGUGUUGGUAACAUUAUCACCCAUCGGUAAAUAGUUUCAAAUCACCUUCUUUUUUCCGACGGUACUUUCAAAUCAAUUUCAUC